CCCUCCUCGGCCGCCCGCGCUCUUAACCCGCGCUCAGGGACGCCCGAGUCACUGGGCUCCGCCGAGCUGAGAACCGUGGACCCGCGCGCGUCCAGUCCCGAGGUCGCCGCCAGCACGCGACAUGGCCCCCGCAGCGGCGUCGGGGGGCAGCUCCCUGCCCAGCGGCUUUGCCGUCUUCGCCACUUUCCCCGACCUGCUCUUCAUCUUCGAAUUUGUGUUCGGGGGCCUGGUGUGGAUCCUGAUCGCCUCAGCCCUGGUGGCCAUCCCGCUGGUGCAGGGCUGGGUGAUGUUCGUGUCUGUCUUCUGCUUCGUGGCCACCACAGCAUUGAUGGUUCUGUACAUAAUGGGCGCCCAUGGCGGAGAGGCAUCCUGGACCACCCUGGACGCAGCCUACCACUGCACGGCCGCCCUGUUUUACCUCAGUGCCUCCGUCCUUGAAGCCUUGGCCACCAUCUUAAUGUAUGAAGGCUACACCUAUAAGCAGUACCAUGAGAACAUCUCUGCUGUGGUCUUCUCCUAUGUGGCCACACUGCUUUACGUGGUGCACGCGGUGUUCUCUCUGAUCAGAUGGAAGUCUUCCUAAGGCAUCCGCAGAACCAUCCUGAGAGCCCGCGGCGUUGGCUGGCUGCCUCCCAGCACAACCUUUGAGAACACAGGGGUGCUCCCCGAGGCGGUGAAGAGAAAGACACACAAAACCAACAAUCCAAAAACCGACAGCAACAGCAGUUCCUUGGCUCUCCCCUCCUCCUCACCCACUUCCUUGAUGUGGGGGUUUCACCUCGGCUCCGAAGAUCUCUUCUCAGGGUCCUUUCCUGUGUGUGAAGGUGGCUGGGGUGAGAGGAGGACUGUGACUGAAGACAUCUCCAAAGAGAGACCCCCUGCUACUCCCAGCCCAGACCCUGAGAACCUUCCUUUGGGAUAUCCCCAGGGCUCUUCUGAAACACAUCCCCCCUUGUGGGUGUGUCCCAGCCUUCAUGGACAUGCUCCAUCUCACAGGCAGAGCAACUCGCCCAACAAAUCUUUGCAAGUAUCCGUGGUGGGACAUGACCCACGUUUGAAAUACUUUAUAAAGCACCUUUAUGUUCAACAGUUUUGUGGGGUGUUUAUUCUUGGGGGUGUUUAUUCUUGUUUACUCAUGCCCAAUCUCAAGAAUGCCAUCAUUUCCGUUUUUUCUUUCUGAGGAAUUGCCUGGCCUGAACGGGCUCUCUAGGGGCCACCAUGUCGGGGCUGAUCCAUGUGCAGUUGUGCAUGUUGCCCCAUUCCUCAUCCCGCCACCCAGUGUGAGCUCUCAUUAUUGAACCACUCAGGGCAUCUGCCCUGGGAACCGCACCCUCUCUGAAGACUCAUCAAGGGCCAGCCUGGGGCUUUCUUUUUUUCCCUGUAAGAAAAGAAAGUUUCUGGGCACCAUUAGAAAAUGCUUUAGUAGGGGCUGGAGCCAUAGCACAGUGGGUAGGGCGUGCACAUAGCCAACCCGGGUUCAGUUCUCAGCAUCCCGUAUGGUCCCCUGAGCACCGCCAGGAGUGAUUCCUGAGUGCAUGAGCCAGGAGUAACCCCUGUGCAUCACCAGGUGUGACCCAAAAAGAAAAAAAAAAAGAAAGAAACUUUGAUAUGAUCUUUCUCUACUUUCUCUUUUUUGGUUGCAAACUGACCUAAUAAAAUCCAAUUUGGGGA